UCAAUGGGAGCAAGAAGAGGGGUACAGCAGAAGAUACGGAGGGAUAUUGGGACGAUAACACUCACAGAGAGGUACAUAGAAAGGAACCUACCAGGUUAUGGAAUCCCCUCUUUCUGCUCCUCAUGGGAUCCAAAUCAAUGAUAUAACCUGUGACUCGUUCCGUGUGUCUUGGGAGAUGCCACCUUAUGACAUCCAGAGAGUAACUCACUACUUCAUUGAUCUGAACAAGACAGGCGGUCAGAAGGAAAACAAGUUCAAACAUAGGGACGUACCAACCAAACUGGUUGCGAAGGCGGUGGCUUUACCCAUGACAGUCCGUGGCCACUGGUUCCUGAGUCCACGUACUGAAUACACACUUGCUGUACAGACUGCAGUGAAACGCAGUGAUGGGGAAUAUAGUGUUUCUGGCUGGAGUGAAACAGUGAGCUUCUGUACAGGGGAUUAUGCAAUUGAACAAGUUAAGCAGCUACAGGAGAAGGCAGAAGGAAUCGCUGGGCGCAUGUUACCAUUCCAAGUCUUCUACAGAAACCAGACUGAAGAAUACUUUCAACACAUCAGGGAAAAGUGGGGUGGUGUGAUGUUCCCGUCUCUAAAAGAUCAGAGUGGCAGCCAUGGAUCACCCAUCAGUGGUACACUUAAUGGUGUGUUUUUCAGUUGCAAUACCGAAUUCAACACAGGUCUUCCUCCUCAUGAUUCACCAUAUGGAAGGUGGAGGGUGACUGUGCCAGCUGAAAACCUCUUCAAUGAAGGCACACACCUCUACUUUGCAGAUUUCUAUUGCAUGUACACCGCCUACCAUUAUGUUGUCUUGGUGUUGGCACCUCGAGGGUCUCAAGGAGAUGCCUACUGCAGCGCCCGUCUGCCACUGCUUGACCCUCACAGCAACCCGUUCCUGACUCGUGGGGAGCAAGGAAAAUACUGGCAUGCACAAGAUCUGAUUCUGGAAGUAAUAUACACAGAGCCAGUGCCUCUGAAGUUGGGGCAAUUAGCGGAAAUCAAGGGGCAUCAACUAAUGAGCCUCUCCACUACUAAUGCCAAGAAGGACCCCAGUUGUAAAGUGUGCAAUAUCAGUGGAGGGCAUUAGGGACACUGAAGAUUUAUGUUACUUGUGAAAUGUAUUUAAAGAAUAAUUUAGAAAAACCUCUUGUUGGUUACGGGAGCUUGGAAGAGUUAAAUCCUAGUGCAGGAUUGUCCAACCUUGUAUUCCAUUGCCUUGUAUUCCUGACAGAGUGUACACUUGUAUGUUGUUAGUAUGUGACUACUACUUUAUUUGGCUGUUUACAUCGAUAAUAACUGUGGUGACCUUUCAAACCUGUAGGACUAUUUCCAUGGCUGUGUUGUAAAGGCAAGCCAUUACUAUUGUAGGGAAUAGACAGAGGACAAAAUAGUACAGCAGGCUAUUAAGUGUGAGAUUGAAAGGCAACAUUUUCUCAUAAAGCACCUGAAAUUGGAUAUAGUAUGUGUAUAUGUGUUCAUAUAAAAUGUGGUCAUGUAAAAAGUAAUAUUAUCUAAACGUCUAUCCCAAAGGCACAGAACAAAUAAAUGUUUUACGAAUAACCCUGCUUGAGGGCAAGGGAUCA